AUGUACUGGCAAACCAUCCUCACCGUGUUUGUGCUGUUGGACUUUCUUCAAAUGGCCAUUGCCCAUUGUAUGGUCCAUCAGAUUUCUCCCAGGAACUUUACGUUACCCAGUCUACCUCUGAAUGAGACAUUUCUGAGUCCUUUCUCUGCUGGAGUUGUAGAGAACUGGUCUGGUUUGAGGAGAGAGCAUGGAGCAUCCGAAACCAAGCUUCCCUUGCUAACGAACGAAGAAAGUUUUCUGUGUUGUCUUUGGAGCGAUAGCAACAUGGAUUGUUCUUUGUACAGAGCAAGCAUGGAAACAAGGAAGUUUAUCCCUUCAGAAAUAAGUAUCUCUCUGUCUCAGGAAAUAGAUUCAAACUGGGACAUGGAAUGUUGGAUUGAAGGCAAGCUGGACCUGUUAGUUUGUCGCCUGCGGUUUUUGAAGUUGUACCUGGGAGCCGACUUGAAGGUUAAUCUUUUCUAUGCUGCAUCCGAGCUGCCGCUGGGAGAUGUAUCAACAAGCUCCCUAACGGGGACUGUCACGGUCGCUGACUGUGGCUGCGGUGAGCGUGACAAGUGCGAGUGCUGCGUGGCCUCCCCGCGACUCAACUGCACCUACGUCAUGUGGCUGAGGAUCACGGUUGGGGUGACACCCCUGUGGUCACCUUUGAUGUCACUCAGGCCCAUAGACAUCGUAAAGCCUGAACCGCCUUGGAACCUGCAUCUCGAAAUGACGGAGAAGGGUGAAGUGAGGGUGUGCUGGUCUGCGCCUGUGCCGAUGCCAUACCCGCUUCAGUAUGAAGUGAAGAUCUCUGCAAAUUCGGGCCACAGCGGCCAGGAGAUGGUUCAAGCUGCUCUAGAAACCUCACUGGCCAUAGACAAUUUGCUACUUGAUUCUUCAUACCUUGUACAAGUACGGUGCAGGAAUCGUCGUGGUCCAGGGUUCUGGAGUGACUGGGGCACACCGUACAAGCUCAGCUUGGGAGCUGAAGUCCUGUACUUCCCUCCUAAGAUACUGACCAGUGUCGGUUCUAACGUUUCCUUUCACUGCAUCUAUAAAAACAAAACCAAGAUUGUAGUGUCCAAGAAGGUUGUUUGGUGGCUGAAUUUAGCAGAAGAAAUCCCAGAAAGUCAGUAUACGCUUGUGAACGAUCGCGUAAGCAAAGUUACUCUUUUCAACUUGAAAGCAACAAAACCUAGAGGAAGUUUCUUCUAUAACGCAUUAUACUGUUGUCAUCAAAAUAGGGAAUGUCAUCAUAGAUACGCUGAAUUAUAUGUAGUAGAUGUGAACAUUAAUAUCACGUGUGAAACGGAUGGAUACUUAACUAAAAUGACUUGCAGAUGGUCUGUAAACCCGAACACGUUGCGCCUGGCAAGUUCCUUGCAGUUAAGAUACUACAGGAGCAGAAUUUAUUGUUCUGACUUUCCAAGUACUUCUCCAAAAUCAGAGGUGAAAGAAUGCCAUUUACAGAAGAAUCAUUCGUACGAGUGCACCUUUCAGCCCAUUUUUCUUUUAUCUGGAUAUACCAUGUGGAUAGAGUUUAAGCACUUGCUAGGAGCACUUGAAUCCUCACCAACUUGUGUCGUUCCAGCAGAUGUGGUGAAGCCACUUCCUCCCUCCAGCAUUAAAGCAGAGAUCACCAGGAGCGUUGGGCUGCUGAACGUGAGCUGGACAAACCCCGUAUUCGCCAACGGCGAUCUGAAAUUUCAGAUUCGGUACGCUGUGAACAGGGAAGAACUUACGUGGGAGCUUUACGAAGUUUCAAAUGCACCAAGAUCAGCUGUGAUAGAAGUUCAGGAGCUUUGUGUUGAGUAUGUUGUCCAGGUCCGGUGCAGAGAACUGGAAUCAGGUUACUGGAGCGACUGGAGCAGAGCAGCCCACACGCUCGUACAAGAUAUCAAAGCUCCCUUACAAGGCCCUGAGUUUUGGAGGGUUAUUACUGAAGAUCCGGUGAGGAGGCAGAAGAAUGUUACACUUCUGUGGAAGCCGCUGCCGAAGAGCCACGCGUUGUGCAGCGUGAGCCGAUACGUUAUAAAGCAUCGGACGUCAGGAAACGCCACGUGGUCCGAGUAUGCUGACAAUGGCACUACCUGUUCCUUUCCGUGGACUGAACACACGCAUACUGUGACGGUUUUAGCCAUGAACUCAAUUGGAGUCUCUUCAAUUAAUUUUAACUUAACUCUGUCACAGCAAAUGAGCACAGUGAACGCGGUGCAGUCGCUCAGCGCUUACCCCGUGAACAGCACCUGCGUGAUUUUGAGCUGGACGCUUUCCCCUCAAACACCUCUCUUAACGUCUUUCGUUAUUGAAUGGAAGAACCUUAACGAAGAAGAGGAGAUGAAGUGGGUGCGAGUUCCUCCAGAUAUUAGUAAAUACUAUAUUUAUGAUCACUUCAUUCUGAUUGAGCAGUACCAGUUCAGCGUGUACCCGGUGUUUGCUGAAGGAGUUGGCAAGUCCAGAGCGACGAAUCGCUUUACCAAAGGUGGAUACGAGAGCGAGAGUAAUGCCAGCCUCUCCGUGCUCCUGCCAGUCGUUAUUUCGACCUCGGUUUUGUUGCUGGGAGUGUUGCUGGUUUCACCCCAAAGAUUGAAGAAGCUCCUUUGGGAAGAUGUUCCAAAUCCCAAGAAUUGCUCCUGGGCGCAAGGAGUUAAUUUUCAGAAGCCUGAAACUUUUGAGCAUCUUUUUAUCAAGCACGCCGAAGCAAUGUCAUUUGAGCCUCUUCUUCUGGAACCAGAAAUAGUGCUGGAAGACAUCAGUGUUACUAAAGCGUUGAAAAAAGAAGACACCCAGGAUUUUUUGGUAAUUGAUUCAAAGCUCACAGAAAGUCAAGACUCUGAACACGACUCUGCUUGCUCCAGCAGCCAUUUCAAUAGCGGCAGCUUCUCCGAGAGCUCCCGUGAGGCCCAGCUCGGCAGAGGAAUUGCAGGGCAGCCCGCUAUUAAAUACGCUACUAUUGUCCGUGACUCCAGCUCAAGUGGGCUUUGCGGACAGAAAACGCACCUGAGAGGUUGUUUUGGUAGGUGCUUCUUGGCGGAAGAUUCCUUGGCUACAGGCGCCUUCCCGAGCGGCUCCUGGGAGAUGGGACACGGGAUGUUCCUCGUGUCGCCUGACCCGUCUGGCAGGCAGCCCAAUGACGCUUUCGCAGAUGGAGAGAGCCCCGAGCGAAGCCUGUGUUACUUGGGGAUAACCUCCCUGGAAGAAAGGGACAGUGACAUUUUUGUGACAGAAGGCUCCGGGGUGAUGUGUCGGUUCCGUACAACCGACCUGCUUAGAGGUGGGGAGUUCCUCCAGCGUACGCCUCCCAGCUUAGAUGCCUUUCUCCAAAGCAGCCUCCAGGACAAAGCCGUUGCGCCCUACGUGCCGCAGUUUCAGAUGCCUCCUGCCAAGGGGCAAGAGUCCACCGAGAAAACCUCUUAA